AUGUCAUCUGAGUCCGACAACAACAUAUCAGAAUGUUUAAGAGAGGCUGUUUUCUUCAAAAUGUCAUCUGCUCUCAGAAGUUUGUUUGCUACAAUUUUGGUUCAUUGUAACCCAAUGUAUAUUAGAAAACUCUGGGAUACUUUUUAUGAAGAUAUGUCUGAGGACUUCAACAAGCUAUAUGUCAACUCACACAAUACUAUACUACAGUUUACUCUAAAUAAUAUUAAUGAUUUCUUGCAAAGUAUGGGCAAGAGCAUAGGCAUACAUCACAUUCCACAACCAGAUGACAAUUUCAUCGAAGUUGGUCCAUCAGAAUGUAGAGAAAUAAAUGAAGAAAUAUAUGUGCAAAUACCAACAGAAGAUUAUGAUUCACAAUCACAAUUAAAUAUAGAACAACAUCAUGCUUUUACAAAAAUAAUGCAAAUAAUCGAUGUUGGAACAACUGGAAUAUUUUUUGUGGAUGGACUUGGGGGAACUGGAAAAACAUAUCUAUAUCGUGCAUUACUUGCCAAUGUUAUAUCAAGAGGUAUGAUUGGUUUGGUAACAACAACCUGUGGCGUAGCAGCUUCAAUCUUACCAGGAGGACGUACAACACACUCGAGGUUUGAGAUCCCACUUCAAACAAAUGAAUCAACUAUGACAAACAUGUCAAAGCAAAGUGGUGCUGACAAAUUGAUUAAAAAAGCAAAGAUGAUUAUACGGGAUGAAGCACCAAUGGACAGACGACAAACAAUAGAAAUAGUAGACAGGAGCUUUAGAGACACAAUGGUCAUCGAUGAACCAUUCGAUGGAAAAGUCUUGAUUUUUGGAGGAUAUUUUCGACAAGUGUUUUUAGUAAGUCCAAAAUCAACUAGAGCAGAAAUUGUGAAUGCAAGCUUAGUCAAAUCAUAUCUCUGGCCUUUGAUGGAGAAGAUUCAAUUUACAAGAAAUAUGAGAGCAAGAACAAAUCCAACAUUCAGUGAGUUCUUACUUAGAGCGGAAGAGUCCAUAAUAAAAGAGAUAUUUCAAAACCUGCAAGAAAAUGCUGGAAUGGCAAAAUAUGUCACUGAAAGAGCUAUUUUAGCAAGCAUAAAUGAUCAUGUGGAUAAACUUAAUGACAAGUUAAUAUCCCAGUUCCCAGGUGAAAGUAAGAUAUUCAACAACUUUGACUCAGCAGAAGAUGGCACCAACAACUAUUACCAAGAAGAAUAUCUAAAUACUUUAACACCAAACGGACUCCCGCCAUAUAGGAGAGGUGGAGAAGCAGAUACUGGGGGAAACCAAGCUUCUCCUCAAGCCCCAGCUUCUGGAGUGCAAGUGCAUGUCAACCUAGCUGCGUUGACGGAUGGAGAAGUGAGAGCAGCACUGGUUCAGAUGGACCAAGCCAUCAGUGCUCAGGCACAUGCUAUCAUAAUCUAG